AUGCUACGCCUUCUAAACAUCCUGUUCUCCGACAACUUCUUUACCUCUACCGACGACGGCGAGUACGAUGCAUUGAUCUCCGACGACGAAGUGUUCGAAGACGUGGAUGCUUCAUGUGUGACUUCGCAUUCGGCUGAUAAGCUACAAAGGAUGUGGAAGGAGGUGAGCAGCAACUUUGCACGUGCUGAGGCCGGGUCCAAAACGUCUGGACAAAACAGCUACGAUUUCUGGGAGUUUUACAAUGGACGUGCUGAUGUCUACUACUUGGAUCGGUGGUGCGAGCAUCGUCAGUCUGGACGGGAGUUCUUCCAAAAACGAAAAUAG